UGGCGCGUCAAUCGGAAGCCACGAAGAAUAUAAUAGGAUUUAAGCGGAGUUGAAUUCCUUAUUUUAAUUUCCUUGGUCGUGUCACUCGUGUGAAGCAGACGACGUCAGCAAAGUGUAGUGGUCGCAUAAUUAUGAAAUGUGGAGAUUAAGUCAAGAGGAUGUGCAAUGGUCAUCUAAUAUACAGUAUUGGUGUUUUGUUCUGGUUUUUCAUUUUUUUUUGGUGGGUUGUGUUAGCAAGACCGAGAAUGCCGAGAGUGGUGGUGGAAAAACAAUGGAAGCUUGUAAGAUAUUUUGCAAUUACAAGCUCUUGCAGCUUGUAAGUAAGGCAAAGAUUUUUAAUGACAGUAAACAUUUUGUUGAUAUGAAGCUGAAGAUGCCCCCAGAGGUAGUGGAGAAUAAAUUCAACAGUUUAUUAAACAAAACAAAGGAUCAGCCAAGUAAGGAUGAUAUUAAGAAAUUUUUAGAAGAAAAUUUUGAAGAUGGUGGUACAGAAUUUAUUAGCUGGAUUCCAGAAGAUUGGAAGACAAAACCUAAAUUUACAUAUGAUGUUUAUGAUAUUUACUUGAGGAACUGGGUUCUUGAAGUCAAUCAAAGAUGGAAGGUACUUGGACGAAAGCUGUCAGAAGAUGUCUACAAAAACAACAGCUUGUACUCUCAAAUUUAUGUUCCGAAUGCUUUCAUUGUGCCUGGAGGACGUUUUGCUGAGUUGUAUUACUGGGAUUCAUACUGGAUUAUUGAAGGUCUUCUCCUCUCAGAGAUGCAUGACACUGCUAAACAAAUGAUAAAGAACUUCUUGUACCUUAUAAAUGAGUUUGGAUACAUACCUAAUGGUAGUAGAAAAUAUUAUAUAGGAAGAUCUCAGCCACCAUUUUUGACUUCCAUGGUAGAUUUGUAUUGGAAAUAUACCAAAGAUGUAACAUUUUUGAGUGAAUGCAUGAGUGCCCUGGAGAAAGAAUACAGUUUCUGGCAAAAGAACAGAUCUAUAACUAUCACCAUGGAUGAUAACAUUUAUACAUUGUUCCAGUACCGAGUUAAUUCAACAGAUCCAAGACCAGAGUCAUAUUAUGAAGAUGAGAGACUUGUGAAAAACAUGACUAAGGAAGAGAGGAGAAGAAUCUUUUCUGGGAUCAAAUCGGCCGCUGAAAGUGGAUGGGAUUUUUCCUCUCGGUGGUUCUUGGCAAAUGGGAAACAUUCCACGAAUAUGACAGACAUAAACACUACAUCCAUAGCCCCAGUGUGUCUAAAUAGUUUGAUGGGGUUAAAUGCACGGCUGUUGUCUGAAUUUUUUCAUAUAUUGGGAAACGAAUCCAAACAUAAUUUAUACAAAGCUUAUGCAGAUGAAGUCAACAUAACUAUGAGUCGCAUCUUUUGGAGUGAUCGAGAUGGAGUGUGGUUUGACUAUAAUGUGGAAAAAAGGGAACUCAUACCUGGGUUUUACCCAUCAAAUUUGAUGCCUUUAUGGACAGAAACUUAUGGAAAAGAGAGAACACCAGCAUUUAUAAUAGAACAAGCUAUUGCUUAUCUUGACAGAAAUAAUAUUAGUAGUUAUCCUGGGGGUAUCCCAACAUCAUUACUGAAAACAGGACAGCAGUGGGACUUACCGAAUGGAUGGGCUCCACUGCAGUACUUUGUUGUAAUGGGGUUACAUAAGGCAAGAAAAUAUAACCCUCGUGCUGAAAAACUUGCUUUUUCAUUUGCUCGAGAAUGGGUGCUCAAUGUUUACAAAAGCUACUUGAAUACCAAACCACAUAAGAUGCUUGAAAAAUAUUUGGUAACUGAGGUUGGAAAGAGUGGAAGUGGUGGUGAGUACAACACUCAAGAAGGUUUUGGAUGGACUAAUGCUGUCAUCAUGAAAUUCCUAAGCAUUUAUGGCCACAAGAUUAGAACAAAGGAAGUCUUUGAUCCUGCACCACUCAUUGUUGGAAUCCUGCUAAUGGUAGUGUCUCUUGUGUCUGUUGCAAGUUAUAUGCACAGAGUACGUGUUUGUCAGAGAUUUAAGUGGGAAUCAGAAGAAACUUUAUCAAGAGUGUAGUUAUAAUACUUUUGGUACCCGAUAUAGUAAAUUAUUUUCUUAUGGUAGGGAUUGUCUUUGGGGUCUUAUGCUGUGUUAUAUUUAUUCCAAGGAUAAAAACUGAACUUUGAUCAAUUUAAAGGAAAGGGGGGGGGGGGGUAGAACAGUAUGAAUUUGGAAUAAUGUAGAGUACUGUACAGUUAAAUUUGUAAUACUGUACUGUAUUAAUAAAGCUGAAAGAAAUUAUAAAACAAGGUAAUUAAGUAGGGAUUGGUUGAAUUUCUGAAAGAUAAGUUACUCCAAGUAAAUGUCAGUUUAAGGUCCACUACUGACUAUAUUUCUUGCCUAUACUGUGCAAUACCUCAAGCAGGAAAUUAUUUUCAUUGUUUUGAAAACGAGUUAGUUUUGGCAUUUGUAAAGUGGUAGCAUGUUGAAAGUUGCAUUUCUACUGUAGUGCAUUAGUAGCUGCUCAUGUGGUUCUGUACUUAAACAAUGCUCAAGACACAUGUUAUGAAGUAGCCAAAAUAGAGGAGAGGUUGAUAGAAUUAUUAGUUUUGAGAAACUGCUCCUGGAAGUAAAUGUCAAACAUAAGUACUGUAGUGCUUCCUAAUAUACUUCCAAAACUUCUAAGGUUGUGCAUAAUUACUCAGGAUAGUACAGUAGAUAAUUAAUGUUAGUUACACAUGCUUUAAGAGUAAAAAGAGAAUAUUUAGAUUGAUGAUACAGUACUAAGAAAUGUAAUCAUGUCUUUCCUUGAUUGUUGUCUGUAAUCCGUCCAAUUUGUGCCUCUUGAUAAACCUUUUAUGUGGUUAACACUGGUAAUGUAUACUGUAUUUAUAUUUUUAUCCAGUAGAUAUAAGGCAAGCAUUGUAAGUGCCACAGUUUAUUUUAAGAAUACUGUAUUGGAAUUAAGUUUGGAUUUACUUUGAUAUUUAGAAAAAGAAUUAGUUUGAAAUUUUGAAGUUGUGAAGUGUAUUGAAAAUGUUCCUCAUGUAAGAAUUACUGUAUACAGUACAGGUACUGUGAACUUAUUAUGCUGUACCUAAACCCAGUAGAAAGCAUGUUUCAUGUUAAGCUGCACAAAUUUCAUAAAGAUAACAUGAAAGAGAGAGAAACUACCAUUGUUGGAUUAGGAGUUAUUUUGGAUAAGCUCAAGAUAAUUAAACAUUUGUGGCAUUGUAUUUACAAGAUCUCAUCUAGCACUUGAAGUUACCUCUGUCCGUCAAACAAUAACUUACCGGUAAACACUAUUGUGUGUUAGUUUUGUAUAACUGGAUCACAGUGUAUAAGUGUUUGAUUCUAGAGUGUAUUUUAGAAAUGUGUGAAAUAAUUUUGCUUACAUGAUGUUCAAAUAGAGUAUUACUGUGCAGUAUAUAUUUUUGGUAUGAGUGAUGUAGGUUCUCCUUGCUAGGUACAGUAAUAACACAAUUUAUCCACUGCACUUGGUUUUAUAAGACUAGUAUUCCAAUGUACAGAACAGUAUAUUGUAUGUAAAUAUUUAAAGUCUUAUAUUUUGUUCUUAGAUUCUCAGUUUUUCAUAGUUUUAUAUUACAAUAAUGAAUACAUUACUUCAAUUCCAUUAUUUUUGCCACUUAUCAGCUUACUAGCUGUUAGGGCAGUUGGUCUAUCUAUUGUUAAUACAGGUGGAAACCGGGGACCAGGAAACCUGUGAUGUUUGGUAGGGUCGCAGUACAUAACUGUAUUAGCCUUUGUACAGGUAUUUCCUUUUGGUUUGCAUAGGAAAGGUUUCCCUCUACUAUACAGUGUUGUAUUGGUUUUCAUUAAAUAAUUCUGGACCUAAGUGCAAGAUGGGCAGUUGUCAAGUACUGUAAAUGCAUUUGGGGGAGGAAAAGGGGACUUUUGUUUGAUCAUCAGAAAUUAGACUGGGGAUUGAACCUUUGAUAAUUUCACUGCAUACAUAAUGAAGGCAAUUAGGGAACUUUACAUUUUGCUGUCCACAUACAGUACAACCUUAAGAAUCUGUAAUACUGUACUUGGAGCCAAGCCCUCUCAAUAUUUCUGAGGGAAAAUAUAGCAUAUAAAUACAGUACAACAAAAUAAAACAAGGAAAGUUUUACUGAUAAUGAUAUACAGUAUAGUACAGUAUUACAAUUGUUAGCAUCCAACUGUUCCUUAUGAGGGUGAGCUGAGCAGUUAUCAAAAAUAAUAAUAAUUAUAUUGUACAGUCCUCUGCCAGCCUCACCUUACAGCAGUGUGUAGGAGACUUGUACAAAAUCAUGGAUACUAGUCAAUAGUUAUUUCCCGAGUGAUUAACUCCCCUAUAUUUGUCUUGUAAAGCACAGGCAAAAUUUUCAUGCCUUUCAGAGCAAGUGGCUUAGCUUUCUUCCCUGUCACAAGUAGUUUAUGUUGAUGUGUACCAGCAGCCUUUGUAUGCAUUAUAACAGUGAGUAUCUUGUUAGAUUCUCUUGUCACACAUCACCACCUCCUAUGAGUCAGCAAGUGUGUUACGAUGUAAAUGUCCCCGACACCACCAAUUUCAUUAGUAAUAUAAAGGUGUUCAAAUC